AUGGCCACGAGCCUCGUUACUUCAAACCAAGGGCAUCUACCAUUGCUGCAGCCCAGUCCAGUACGAGUUCUUGCAGAUGCUAUUCAUCAGUAUCAAAAUGCACACUCAGUCGAAAAUCCCUCACUGCCAUUUGACGACAUAGAAGUUACUGAAAAUGCCUUCCGUUCUUCAUCAACUCAAACACCAAGUAGCUUUUUCGAAUCACUCACCUGCUUGUCCCCAAACAAUGCUGUCGCUGGCCCAUCCACCCCUUCCCCACUCGAUGACUUCUCUCGCACAGAAGAGGCGAAGAAUAAUUCAAAAAAACGCGGGAAGUUAAUGGGAAAUGGCUUACCUUGUUAUCUGAGUGGAGAUGCUUUCUACACGCGAGUUGUCGACCAUGAGAAAGCAGCAGCAGAUGAAGAAGUGGCCAAGCAAGCUCGAAAAGAGGGGAGAGAACAACAUGCUGCAGUUUUGGAGGAGUGGAAGAAGACGGAAGAAGCAAGAAAGAAGCGUAACAGGGAAUUAAAGGGGAAGUAUCAAAUGGACUUGGAGCGGUGGAAGGAGGAAAAAGAACUCGCGAAGUUGGAGAAGCGUCGGCUGGCGUGGAAAAAGCCAACGCGAGGUAAAUUGGAGGCGCCGUUACCUAAACCGGUACUUGCGGAGGGCACUGCAGGUGAUGAGCUUGAUGUUGACGGUGAUGACCAUGAGAAUGCCAGUGACGAGGAUGAAGAGGAGUAG